AUGGAUUCUCCAACGCGUCCCAUCGUCAGCCCCUCAAAGGUCCUCCACCCGGUAUCGCCGGAACGCAUGAAUCAGCAAACAAUCCCUGCCUCGCCGUCGCUGCCCGCGGAUCUCCUGAAUUUACACCACAAAAACACCAAGGGGGUUUCCGAAGUCCAGGCCAAAGUUGCGUUUCUCAACAGCCUUUCGCGAGGGGGCAGUCCCAUGGCCCACGCCCAAGCCGCGGCAAACAAUGCGGCCCUCCAGCGGGCGAUCCUUGGGCGCGAGGAAGCCGAGUCGGCUCUGGCGUCUGUGCAAGAGGAACUCUCCGAAGCGCAAUCACGGGAGCGCCGCAUCAGCGAGCGACUCGAAUCUCUGCUAGAAGAAUUACAUGGUACCAAAGAGCGCCAGGCACACGAGCGAUCAAUUUUCGAGAAAGAGAUCAGGAAAGCUCGCAAAGAAGCUUUCCGAGCAGGUUCGACCCUGGUCAAACUGCAGGAAGAACUAAAGCAUUCAAAGUCUGAGACCAAGGCCUUGAAAGACGAAGUCGCUGCGGAGCGGGAGUCGAAGGACAAGGCGAAGCAAGAGGCAUUUGAACGUGCGUAUGCUCUUGCUGGCCUCACCGAAGAACUCGAGGUCCUCAAAGGCAAACUACGUUCUAUGGAGGCAACCAACCAUUCGAACACACUAGAAGUCAGGGCACACGAGAUUCGGACGGAAGACUUCGGACGGAUUUCCCUUGCUGAGGGUGAUCUCGCCUUCUUGACAACCCCGCGGCGACCCAAGCGGGCUGCUGUGGGAUCGGUCAAAUCCUCUGCACCCGAAAAGGAGGCCGACGAAAUUGCCGAAGCCACUCCCCCCAAGCGACAGCGUCUUUCAGAAUGCACAACAACCGCCGGGCUCGAAGAGACAACUACCGAUAUCUUGCCAUCCGAUUUGGACGACGGAAUAUUAGAUGAGUUGAAGGAUGAGCUUGACUACGAACGUCGCCGUCGUGUCGAGGCAGAGGAGAUGGUACAUUUUUUGAACAUCGAGUGCCAGUUUGAACGCUGCUCUUGCCGAAUCGCCGAGAGCGAAGGUCGUCGAUACAUCUACGAUGCCGAGUACUUCGAAACUUUCCAAAAGCCCCAAAUUGAGGCGGAGGCCAAAGCUGCUCGGCAAGCCCUUGCUCGCGAGGCCCACGCUCAUGAGACACACGUUCACCAGAUGGAUCCCCAUCCUCAAUCGAGCCAUACCCCGAGCGUCGAACCCCCGGCACCUGUCCUUCACCGUCCCGAACCGCAAGCGGAACCUCAGUCUGAACCUGUCGUGAAGUCCGAGCCCAGGGACCCGCCUGAGAAGAUGCAGAUACCUGAAGAGCCAUUGGUGACUUUUUCUCCGGAAACGGGAACGUUUAAGACGUUCCCAUCGCCUCUCCGCGACAAUGCCCCGCCCCGACGGGCUGAUUUCCUCCCAACCCCCGACCUGCCUGACCUGCAUCCCUCCAUCAAGAACUGGAAGGACUCAUCUGCCUCGUCAAACUACCAUGCCGACAAUUCCGCCCCCUCUGAAGAGCCGAGGUCCUCCCGAAUGGUCCAUGCUACCCCUGCCGAGUCUAUAUUUAGUGAAACUACCAAUGCCCGUCUAUCUGUGGAAUCUCGACCCGCCAGGCAUCGAGAGAGAGACUAUCACCAGCCAACACACUCCACUACCAAACGAGUUCCUCUUCGCGAAGCAACCGACUCACGGACCUCUGGUUCGUCUAGUUUUGCCCCCGACACCCCCAUCAACCGAGAAGAAGCCCUCGCCCAGAUUGCAGCCCGGCGUAACCGUGCCCGCAGCAAGCAACGCUCCGUGAGCGCAAACGAAGCAACCGGCCACUCCGGGUCCACUGGAAGCACAGCCCCGACUCCGGGUCGCGGCCCAAGACGCAUGCCCAAUCUCCGGGCAGACGGCAAGAGCGAAAAUGACCUGGCAGAGCGCAGGGACUUGAGCGCACCGGUACGGAUGUCCCGACGUUGA